UUGCGCAUGCUCAUAUAGAAAUACGGCGCUACAAGGAAAAAGUGCUGAAGACAAAGGACUAAACAACCCCAGGAAAAGAGGCGAAACGAUUAAUUUCACCAGGAUUAUGACAACCCUACUACAGUAGUAUCGCAUAAAGCGAAAGCUGCCUUCCUGUUCCACUGGAUUUUAGCUAGAGCGAUGGAUUUGAAUAUCAGCUAUUUUCCUAAGGAGUCCUGUCUAAAUGUCACAAAGCGUCCUGUAUCAAGUCCCUCAUCUUUUCCGCUGGAGCUAACUCUUAAUGGUGGAGCCGUGGUCCUCUUGGCUCUCUAGAAAUGGAAAGAACUCGUAAGCUCUAGUGACACUUGAGGUGCUAAAAAAAAUAAAAGUCACGAGGACAGACAUCAGAAUGGAGGAAGUUGAAAAAAGAGACGCGUACUCUUGCUUCUCUUGCUAGUUUUUGUUUUGCCAUCGAUGACCCUCGUGGUUGAUUCUCUUUUUAUACUGAAGCAGCUGGAAUAUCAAUGUCUACACACCCAACGUUUUGUUCACAUAAUUCAAUCCAGGCCUCCUCCACUCCAAACUUGAACACUGUUUGUUAGCCUGCAGUUUUUUUAUUUUCUUCCAAUUGUCCCUUUUGAAACGGCAGGUGUAGCUGAAGUGACCUGGACCCCCUCAGUGUAACCCACCUCCCCCUAGCCACACGCACGCCCUUACAGCAGCUGAAAGGUUGCCAUGGCGACUGCAGUCGUGUCGGUGUAGUGACAGGGUGAUGGGGAGUGCUCCAUGUUCCGGUAAGGGGAGGGCGGGAGGGGGGCUGCAGGACCUGGGCUGUAUGCCAUGGAAGCUGAGCAAGCAGAAAGAGGUGGUGGCGCGAGGGGGGGAGGAGAGGUCAGACCUUGGAGAGCAUGAUCUAUCGACCCCUCCGGCCCCGCCUCCACUGCCCAUCUACCACGAGAAGCAGCGGCGGGAGCUGUGUGCUCUGCACGCGCUCAAUAACGUCUUCCAGGAUGGGGCAGCUUUCAGCAGGGAUACUCUCCAGGACAUCUACCAGAGACUCUCUCCUGGCACUCUGGUAACCCCCCACAAGAAGAGCAUGCUGGGGAAUGGGAACUAUGACGUGAAUGUCAUUAUGGCCGCUCUGCAGACACGAGGAUACGAGGCUGUCUGGUGGGAUAAAAGAAGGGAUGUGGGCAGUAUUGCGCUAACCAACGUAACGGGCUUCAUCCUGAACGUCCCGUCCAAUCUGCGCUGGGGUCCGCUGCGCCUGCCACUCAAACGCCAGCACUGGAUAGGGGUGCGGGAGGUGGGCGGAGUCUAUUACAACCUUGACUCCAAACUACGCAGUCCACACACCAUCGGAAACCCUGAUGAGCUCAGGAAGUUCCUGCGUCACCAGCUGAGAGGGAAAAAUGGUGAGCUCCUAUUGGUGGUGUCUGAGGAGGUGGAGGUCCACCAAACAUGGAGAUCAGAUGGCUGUUGAUUGACCUUUUCUCUACCGGAUUAGACUUUUCCCAGUUCUUGCUCGGGAUAACAGGCAUGAUCCAAUCAGGGGACAGAUUGAAGAGCCGGUGGGGUUGUGUUCAGCCAGUCACACAGAUGCACACCGACCAGACAUACUUUUUUUGCUCACACACAUAUUGCUGGACUAUGGCUGAUGAGACCUGAAGCGAUGAAGGAAACAGACGAAUACAGGGAGGUCACGAAGAAAUCACACUACACAAUACUCAGAUUUAUAAACGUGUUUGGGAUUCUAAUGUGUUUUUAUAUAUAUUGAUGACUAUUUUUCAAUGUUACUUUUGAUUUUUUUUGUACGUUACCGUUUCCAGUUUCCAAGUGUGAGAGGCAUGUGACUGUGUGUAAUACUACCCGUCUGUCGCUCUCGCUAGCGCUCUCUCUCUCUAUAUAUCUGUCUCUCUGUCCCCUCUCUCUCUAUAUAUAUCUGUCUC